AUGUCGUUCCUCAUCGAGACCAUCACCCGCCGCACCGCCGCCCUGCCCAUCACCCGCGCCACAACCCUCGCCGCCCCGCGCGCCUUCACCACAACCCCCUUCGCCUCCAAGUCAGCGACCGAGACGGUCAAGGACAGCCUCAAGACGGUCGACCGCGCCGUCAGCGACAAGAUUGUCGAUGGCAUCAACGCCGGAUCCAACGUGGCGCAAAAAGUAAAGGCCACCGCCGACGACGUCUCGUCCAAGUCGGCCGCCGAACUGCGCGGCGAGGCCAAGGGCAAGGCCGAGGAGCUCAAGGGCCAGGCCAAGGGCGCCGCGCACGAGGCCGCCGGCAAGGCGCAGGGCACCGCCGAGCAGGUCAAGAAGAACCUGUAG